AUGAAUAAAACGAGUGAGGGAAACAGGGGCCGCGAAGUUGGCCAGCAGCUCAGAACAGAGAAUAUGGAGAACGGGAAGGAUGCUGGGCUUGAGAAUGAGGAGGACGAGACCUUUUAUGACUUUCAGCUGUUCAUCACUCAGAUGAAAGACCCUAGGGCGGAACCAAUUGUAAAAUACACGCGAUCAUUUUUGCAUAACUUUGUCACUCAAAAGUCCCUUUGGAGUGCAUCGGAGCAGGUUAAACUCAUCAACGACUUCAAGGAAUUCAUUUACAGCAAGUUGGCGCUAUAUGAGCCCUUCAAAGGUUUGGACAAGGCAAAAUUCCACAAUGCCAAGGAGGGCAUAGAAAAACUCAUAAUGAGCAAACUAUACUCAAGGUGUUUCUCGCCUUGCCUCGCCGAUGAAAGCGAGGCGCUUGAUGCAUCCCACGCGAGAGACCUUGAAGAGGAUAAAGAGCUGGCCGACAAGGCGCUCGAGUAUCGAUUCCUCCUUCCCAAUCAUCUUGAGGUUUCCGAUAAGUUCCUGCCCAAGAUCGAUGCUUUCGCGAAAAUGGCAGGCAAGGAACUGGGACGUGUGAACCAGUACAGAGCACCUCGCGACAAAAUGGUGUGCAUUUUGAAUGCAUGUAAGGUCAUUUUCGGAUUUUUGAAGCAUUCUAAACUGAGCAAUAAGGGCGCAGACGCUUUCAUCCCGAUGCUCAUCUACGCCGUUUUAAAAAGUGAUGUGUCCUGUCUGGAGUCUAACCUCAACUACGUCGAGCGUUUUCGCUCCCCAGACUCCAUGCGCGGUGAAAGCGCGUAUUAUCUUAGUAGCUUACAAGCCGCCGCUGAUUUCAUUUUGCACCUUAACCGUGAGUCUCUUAGCAUCUCUGAUACAGAAGAAUUUGAAACACUAUAUGCAGAAAACAAGCUACAAGCAGAUCAAGAACGCGCGAGACGCGAUACCCAUGAGGGUCCCGGUUCUGAAGCAGAACACUACCGGAGAGUUCGUAGUCCUUCACCAACACGUGAUAUCAUGGGCUCUGUAUUUUCCAAGGUCACAGAGAUCUUCUCUCCUUCGCCUACACCGGCACUUCCUGAAACUGAUGAAUCGGUAACCGCGCCGGCAACAUUCGUAUCUCCGCGAAAUUUGUCUACCGCAAUUGCUAACAGUACUGCUGCUGCCAAUUCUACCUCAGAUAAUGAGGCUGCCGCUACGGAGUUAGCCCGCAAAAUGGAACAAGAAGAGAAUACCCGAGUUUUUGACUCGCUACAAUCUAUGUUUCCAGAAAUGGAUCAAGACCUCAUCAGCGAUGUAUGCAUCGCUAAAAAAUACCGUAUUGGUGUAUGUGUUGAUGUUCUCCUGACACUUUCGAAUUGA